CCUUCAAUCCUCCGGCAGGCUGUAGUUCCUUUCCUUAAGGUCCUUUUAGUAACUUUCGCUUCGACUUCACCUGUGCAGGCACAACUUUUUAGGGAAAAACAACCAAAAAAAAACAACAUCAAUACCCUUCUCAUCGUCGAAUCCUCUCUUAUAUUUCAUUUCAGUGCUUCCAUUUUUGGCCUGUUCUCCAGUCAAAAUGCCUUCCAUCACACGAACUCUGGCCUUCUCGGCCCUUCUGGCUUUUGCCAACGCUCAGGGUGCUGUCCAGAAGGCUGUUGGUGAAAAGGGCACGAGUGCACCUCUCCAGCUCGACGUCAACAACCCUGCCGACGCCAACUUCAUCUCGGACGCCGAGAUCAGGGAGAACAUGGUCAACGCUUGCGGAAGGACUGCUGCUGGUAACAUUGAUAUCGGCGAGACCUCUGAGAUCAACCUGUCCAAGAAUGCCGUCACCACCGUCAAGAAGGGCAGCAACCUUGUCCUCACCAUCAAGCAGGGCGGUUCUCAAGGUGCUGGUCCUUACGACUGCGACCUGGAUCUCACCAACAACUCCAACGGUUUGACUGGCCAGACCAAGCUCACGACCAAGGAGACCAAGAACGGCGACAACAUCGAGGUCACCGCCACGAUGCCCAACAACAUGACUUGCAUUGGUGGCUCCACUGGUGAUCUUUGCAUGGUUCGUUGCCGUAACAAGCAGAACUUUGGUGGUUGCGUCGCCAUCCAGCAGACCGACAUCACCGCCCACGUCAACACGGUCGACAACAUCAAGACCGCCGCCACCGCCAAGAGCGCCAGCGACCAGGUCAAGGCCGACCAGCGCGACUUCGAAACCACCUCCGAGGCCAUCGCCACCGCUUCCCUGGCCGACCAGGGCGCGGCCGUCGCCAAGGCGCUGGUUGAGCACAACACGGCCAACGGCGUCCUCAAGGACCAGAACACCACCCGCGUCGCCGCCCCCGCCGCCUCCACCAGCGGCGCCGCCAAGAAGAACACCGGCGGCAAGAAGAAGGGCACCGCCAACGCCAAGGGAGGCAAGAAGAACAACAACGCCGCCAACGCCAAGGGUGCAAAGGCUAACGGUAACGGCGGAGACAACAACGGAAAGAACAACAACAAGAAGCGCGAGCUGUUCAAGGAGCUCAUCAAGGAGAUCAACAAGAGGUUAGAGGCCGAGGCCGACGAGCAGACCCAGCCGGCCGAGACCACUACGCAGGCAGCUACCGAAGAGGGCUAUUUUGAUGAUGAAGAGUAGAAGGUUUUUUUUUAAUCUUUUCCCGUUACUCUCAUUAAGCAAAACCUCCUUUUUUUUUAUUUUUAAACAGUAUCAUGUCAAGUAGCAGAUAAUGAAUGGUUCGGGGUUUUUCCUCCAACG